ACAAAUACACAUUGCACAAUUUUCCCAAACCAUAAAGCCAUAAAGCCACUACGUCAACUCGAGCGGUCUGCCACACGUGAAAUAACCGCGCGUAAAAGGGCCACCACUCAUCUUCGGCUCUAAUAAAAAAAAGACGUCAAGAACGAGAAGCUAACUGGGCCUUCUCGCAGGAAGCUUAUAGAGUUGCCUUGUCGCUAACUAUACAGUGAUAAAGAGAUUUCUUUAUCCUUCACUUCAGCAAUCGGAAAACCCUAGAAAUCGGAAACAUUAUGGACAUGCAGAACGAGUUUGAUAGGAUACUCUUCUUCGAGCACGCUCGCAAAACCGCAGAGGCUACUUACUCUAAGGACCCUCUCGAUGCCGAGAAUCUAACGAGGUGGGGUGGUGCUCUGCUGGAGUUGGCUCAAUUUCAGAAUGUUGCAGAUUCCAAAAAAAUGAUACUAGAUGGCAUAUCAAAGCUGGAGGAAGCAUUGUUGGUCCAGCCAAAGAAGCAUGAUACCCUUUGGUGCCUAGGAAAUGCUUAUACUUCCUUUGCAUUUUUAAUCCCUGACCAGGAUGAGGCUAAGGAGUCUUUUGAAAAAUCAUCUGUCUACUUUAAGCAAGCUGUUGAUGAGGAUCCGGAUAAUGAAAUUUAUCGCAAGUCUUUAGAAGUAGCUGCUAAGGCUCCAGAACUACACAUGGAGAUUCAUAAGCAUGGUUUAGCUCAACAGGUGAUGGGGGCUGCACCUGCUUCUGGACCUUCUACUUCAUCAAGUGCUAAGAGUUCAAAGAAGAAGAAAAGCAGUGACCUCAAGUAUGACAUAUUUGGAUGGAUAAUUCUAGCUGUUGGCAUUGUUGCGUGGGUUGGAUUUGCGAAAUCUCAAAUGCCUGCUUCUCCUCCGCCACCUCCAAGAUAAGCAAACAAACUUCUUUUUUAGGAAGUGUCCCAUGGGAAUUUUGAGAUGGUCAAUGAACAUUUGAGAAACACAUGGCCGUUCAUCAUUAGUUGAGAUUUUUUUUUUUUUUUUUUAUCUUUAGUAAUGUUUUCUCAGCGUAAACUGAUAAAUAAAGCUAAAAUUAGGGGUUAUCUUUAAUAUAAAAUAUUGAUUUUUGACUUUUAA